AUGUUGCACUAAAUUCAUUCAUGGACUCUGAGUGAAAGCUUCGGUAGAGUUUGUGAGUUGUUUUCUCCACAGCGGAGUUUUAAUAUCUCUGUGUUGUGAUGUUAUUUCCAGUGGCAGCAGCAGCUUGAGGCCACACUAGUUUGUUUUUAAACUUUAACCCUAGCACAGUCUUGCUAGCGGUUGGGACUUUGUCGCUGGGCUUCCUCGCGCAAGUUUCUGGAAAAGCAUGAGGACGGAGGAGCAACUCUACAGGAAGGGAUUGUUGUGCCGCUGCGGGACAGGGGAGCGGGUCUUCUCCGAUCAAAAAGUCAUGAUUGAGUGUCUCCUUGAAUGGGGUGGUGUGUUUUGAUCCUCGCUGCCAUCCUGCAAGAAGUGUUUCUGUGCCGUCAGAGGGGGGCAGCGGUCCGACCGGCGGGGAGGGACACGGCGGAGGGACCCCCGGCUGCCGUGCUGAACACAACCCAGACCACCUUGGCUACAUGUGAGGCGACUUGGUGAGGUUAUGGUUGGGAAAGGCCUGCUGCACCGCCGCCGCUGCUCCACCAACAAAGGAAAUAACUGUUACUUCUUUUAUUCCACUGCUGUGGCCGCACUGUGUGGAAACAGGCACUGAGAGUGGGGAGUAACACAGCGUCACUUUAGUGGAAGUUGACAAAUUUUGACUUUCUGGCCACUCGACAUUAGCACUGCCCACGCGCGCCUGCGCAAUUACGCACGCACACAUACACACGCGCUGCCUUUGUUGUGAAGUUUACUCUCUGUUGAAAGUUUGACAUUUUAAUCCCAGUUAUUGUCUCAACAUUCAGCUCAAGUCCAGUGUGAGUGGAUGUGUGAGGAUGGUGGAGAGCCGGGGCUGUGUCCAGAGGGAGGGGGUGUACCGCUGGUUCUCCUCCCUCACCUCAGCCCAGAGAGCCGAGUUCCUGUGCGGCCUUCUGGACCUCUGUGUCCCCAUCGAGCUCCGCUUCCUCGGCUCCUGCCUGGAGGACUUGGCCCGCAAGGACUACCACUCCCUCCGGGAUGCUGAGAUCAAAGCCAACAACCCCGCCGACCUGUCGGGCCUCACGAACAUCACGGACGAGGUGGUGCGCAGCAAGCUGCUGGUGUCCCUCGCCCUGCUCGGCUCGGACAACAGGGAGGCGGCGGGGGUCUUGUACCGGACCCUGACUCACAUAGACACGGUGAUCAAUAACUAUGGGCUGGCGCUGAACGACGGGAGGACCGAGGAGCAGUUUCUUUUGUUAUUCACCAUGGCCUCUCACCACCCGGCCUUCAGCUUCCACCAGAAGCAGGUGCUGAGGCAGCAGCUCAGCCAGAUCCAGGACAUCCUGCAGGUGAGCAGGGGAGGAGGAGGAGGAGGAGAGGCUCAAGCAGCAGGCCCCGGCGGGGAUCGAGCUGCCGCGUGUUACACUCAGCCACAUCACCACUAUCACCAUCAGACCAUGCCCCUGCCACUGGCCUCGUUAUCCCCUGCUGCCUGCUCGGUGCUCGAUGCCAGUGCUGCCCAACUGCCUCUGUCUUCCUGCCAACCCUGCCACACUCACUGCACCUGCUGGCACAAGAGCCAGACCAGAGAGGCCGGCACAGUCUCAGGGCUGGGCUCAGGGCUCACCAUGGGACGACGAGAGCAAGCGGUCAGCCAGGAGCUUACCCCUCCUCACCCAGACCUCCCUCCUCCUCCUCCUCCUCCACCUCCACCACCUCCACCACCUCUUCCACCACCACCUCCACAUCUGCCUCCUCUACCUGCUGGGCAGGGCCAGGAUGCAGCAGUACCAACCAAAAGCCUCCAGGGAAAAACAGGAAAAGUGGUGAUUGAGAGGGUGGUGCUGAGAGGAGUGACACCUAAGUCUGAAGACACCAGUGAAUAUGUGUUCGAGGCCAGCUGGUCCGAUGGUUUUGUGUCGUCCGUCAUCAGAACUCAGCCAGAGGUGACAGAGCUGCUGACCCAGCUGUCACAAGCAUUUCCUGAUGACGGUGUGGAGAAACUCCUCCCUCAGUCCAUAGAGCUGGACCCCAGGUGUCUGACAGCGCUGCCCUGCCAUGUCCUUCAGCACCACAGCGUCCAGUUGUUCUUCACCUCCACCAGGCCUCUCUCACCAAACUGUCCUGCCUCCCUCCCCUCCCCCCUCCCUCCAUUACCCUCACCUAUUCCCACGGCUCCUGUAGCCCCGACCUGCCCGUUCACCUCCAGCUCUAAUCUUGGUUGUAUGGUUCAGUACAGAGGAGCCAACAGGGCGGUGUACAGAGUGGCCAGCGUCCAGCCCGUCGUCAGCACCCACAGCUCUGUCAUGACUCGCCCCUCUCCACACCUCUCCUCCCUUCCUCCUCCUCUUCCUCCCUCCAUUCCUCCUCCCCAGCACUCCCCCCAGAUGUCGCCCCUCCCUCCCCCCGUGCCAGCCCUCCCUGCCCAGUGCUCCUUGGCUGGCGGAGGUGACCCCUCCUCUCAGCCGCAUCCCCAGCACAGUCAGUCGCACUCAUACUCUCAGCAGCACUCCCAGCACCACCUUCAUCCACAAACCAGCAGUCAGUCCAGCACACAACCUCAGUCCCUGCACCUGUCCCAUUCCCAACCAACAUCCCACUCACAUUCCCAGUCCCUUUCAUACCCCCAGUCCCAUUCCCUGUCUCGUUCCCAGUCCCAUACACAGACACAGUCCCAGUCCCAGCUCAACACUCCAGAGCAGAAUGGCAUCCUGGACUGGCUGCGCAGGCUUCGGCUCCAUAAGUAUUACCCUGUCUUCAAACAGCUCACCAUGGAGGAGUUUUUAGCGCUGACAGAGGAAGACCUGAACAAGUACGACCUGACCCAAGGAGCGAAGAAGAAACUUAAGACUCAACUGGAACUUCAAAAGACUCAACUCGAGCUACAAAACAGGGAGAUGAAGAUGGAGAAACGGCCCUGCAGCGGCAUCGCCAGGGUGACACCUUCCAGUCACAUGGGACCCUCAACACAUCCCACCUCCACUGCAGGAGAGCUGCGAGUGGAGGUGGACGCUGUGCCACAUCAUCACCCCAUCUCGACAGACAGCAGCUCGUCCUCAGGCUACUCCAGCUCUUCCUGCUCCCCUCGGACACCACUCUGCUGUGACUCCACCUUCGACAGGACCAGGGACAUUCACAGGCGUGUGUCAGGUCCAGAUGCAGCAGGAGGAGGUCCAGAGAAGGACCGGUCCUGUCUCUUCAUCCUGAACUCCAGCUGCCCCACAGGCUCCAGUCGCCCCACAGCCCAAGUCCUACCUGUCCAAACCGACCCAGCUCCUCCUCAUCCUCCCUCCUGCUCCUCCCACCUCCCCCUCGGCCUGCCGCAGUCUCCUUACCACCCACAGGCCAGUUACCCCCAAACCCUGCUCUCCCCGGUCUCAAACCCAGCACGUAUCCUGACUUCCCCUCGUAAGCCCCGGCCCCCUCCGCUGUGCACAGAGGACAGGACUAAGCCGCUGGGCUCGGGCCUGCCUGUAGCUGGUGCAGGCUUCAGUGCUGGACUCAGUGUGGGGAUGGGGGUGAGGCUGGAGAGCCUGUUUCCUGGGCUCAACAUGGACGGCUCCUCCACACUCCAGGACUCGCUGGUUUGCCGUGGCCUGGCGGGAGGAGCUGUGGGUCUGAUGGUAGAGACCAGCUCUGCUCUGACCUCCACCUCCAACAGCCUCCACCACGUCUCCCACCCCCCUCUGCACUUCCACCUCUCCUCCUCUUCAUCCCCCUCUCCAUCUGGAUUCUACUCCUACCCACCUACCUCUUUCUCCUCUUCCUGUCCCUCCACAAAGUCUGCCUCACAGUCUGGCAGCUCCAGCAGUGCCAGUGGCUUUGUUUCCAUGGCAACCACAAGCAGUCUUCCUGUGGCUGCUGUGCCAGGCAACACUUACUACCCAGCCCAGCCUACCUCUAGCCCCUCCCCUUCCCCAUCCUCUGCCUCUUCAUUGGAUCAAAGUUCAGGUCACACCCCCUCCAUGUGUGUCUGCAGCUCGUGCGGUUGUCGGGGGAACUGCGGUGCCUACGGGGCGUUGCCUGGAUACGCAGCGACUGGCUACCUGCAGCCGUUCUCGGCUGGCCCCUCACUCUUCACCCUGGGCCCUCUGCUCCACCUCAGCCCCCUGAUAGCCUCGUCGAGUGCCGGUGGCCCCGGAGCUUCACCCUUCUCCUACCCUAUGAUGGUGCCACCACCCUUGUACCGCCACAGCCCUGUGUCACAUGACCAGCAGCAGGGCUUUGCCUUCUACCAUCCCCAUGGCAUUUUGGGAAAUGGAAGCCAGAAACGGGCUCCAGGGAACGUGUCAUGUUAUAACUGUGGUGCCACCGGACACAGAGCAGAGGAGUGCAAACAGCCAGCCAUGGAUUCAGCACAGCAAGGGACAUUUCGCCUGAAGUACACUCCUCACUCUGACAGUAAGGACUCAGGGGACUAACCAGGAAGAACACUGGUGGAUUUGACCCGUCAUACUCCUGACACAUCUGUACCUCAUAUUCCUGCUGAAGCCAGCGGGCAGCAGACACAGACGGCCUCCCUCUGGGUACAAUGAGGCAACGCAGUUCGAAGACUGCUGAUCUAAAAGCACAGACCCGCUGUAUCUUCUGUAACUCUCUUACAGCGUCUUAUAAAGGAAUGAGAGGAGGACGGAAAAGAAACGGGUUGGUGUGAGGAGGAGAAGAGAGAAGCAGUUGUCACAGUCCGUGUCGUCAGGUUUGCUUUCAUCCUUCCUCAAUUCUCCGCAAACAAAAGUCACAAGGAGAGCUGGAGUUUCAGUAAGCACUGCCUUCCUCCUUUUUAGAGAUGAAGCUGGAACUCUGUCUGUCAUGUUACCUGUGUUUCCUGCCCAAAGAGCCUCAAAAUCUGUGACUCAGCAUUUAUAGUCUUCUAGAUGGUUCACAAACCUAACACACAGCACUCGGGUACCCUACUAACUUUCUGGGCUCUCAGUCAAGUGCUUUUACGUGUCUGGAAUCAUCCCCUUAUUGUGAUAUACCUUGGAUAAAUGCAAAGCACCAGUGUUAUCUUCAGAAAAAUUUCUACUAUUCAAAACUUUGAUACUUUAAAAAGCAGUUCUUCUGUACAGUAUGUCUCAUGAUCAUGUUUGGCUCACUGCUACAUAUUAUACACAGCAUAUACUACAUAGUCAUGUUAAUAUUACACUGUUUUUGCAGCUAGAAAUCAACAAACAUUUUUGUUUUAUACUGACAGGAAAUUACACAAUACAUGUGCUGGGCAAAGGCAGUCAAGAUCUGACUUCAGAACUGCCAAUUAAAGUUAAAGGUUUUUUUUGUUUUGUUUUUGUUUUUUUUUCCCAGCUGUGAGCAGUCCCUAUACGUCCUCUUCGCAAUGCAUUGUGGGAAGAAAGUUGUUUUUAGUAUGCAUAUCAACUGCUAUAAGUAUACGUCAUCUUAUCACGUGUCCAGUGCGAACACACUACAUGCAUCAUUUUCUUGCUCAUCAUCCUUGUAAGGAGCAAAAGGGGACAAAAAGAGUCCAAGGAUAAAUGAGUCACUUUAAAGGGGACCUAUUAUGCUCAUUUUCAGCUUCAUACCUGUAUUUAAGGUUUCUAUUUGAAUAUGUUUACUUGUUUUAGUGGUCAAAAAAAUUGAUUUUCCUCACGCUGUCUGUGCUGCAACACCUGUAUUCACCCUUUGUUUGAGAGAAGGCUAGGUUUUAGCAUUUGUCUCUUAAAACCAUUCUACCAAAAAAAAGCCCAGUCUGCUCUGAUUGGUCAGUGUUUCUGGGUCUUCCACAUUUUGGCAUCUCUGCACCAUCAUUGCAGCUGUAGAUUGACUGUAACAGAGAAUAGCAGCUCUUAUUACUAUUAAAAGCACUGAUUAAAGCCCUCAGGCACAACCAGACAUGUUCCAGCUGGAAUAUGAUUCAAGUUUUAAAUUUAUAAAAUCAGCACCCAAGAUUACAUUUAACUUAUCCCUGACGUUAGCAUGUAGCUACAUGUAGCAGUGUAGGUAUGUAAUGUAAACACUUGCAGUAGCGUACCUGAAGCAGAUGACCAUAUACGGAAGGGCUCAUUUAUACUCCCUUUGUGUACGAAAAUAGAUACGUCAGUUUCAAACAUAAACUUCACAGCCCACAUACUUCCAUGAGUCCUUUAUGAUGGUAUGUAUAUGUAUUUGUAGCCAAUAGAUGGCACUAGAGGGCAGAGUCAGAAGUUUCAAGGCAUAAUAAAGUACCUUUUAACAGAGGCAGCGUUGUAAACAGCGGUGGACUGGAGGCAUUAAAUGACACCGCAACCGUUCGUUCUAUAUGUCAUAACCUUAAGCAUAAAUGAGCCCUGUGACAUACAGGAGGAGCCCCUGACAUGGAAAAACUCUAGGAAACAGAGUAGUAAAUAAACAAUUAGACACCUGUCUGGUUGUCAGACUGUUCUUUUUUAAAUAGAAGUUCUUUGGAUAUAUAAAACCGAGUUCUUGGCUACCUCAAAUUAAGUGUCCAUCCCUCAUUUACCCUGUAAGUUAUUCAUAUUUCUUUAGUUCGUAAGCAUCCACAAAUCAAAGGAAUCAAAAUGGUUUUUCAUAAAAAUGAAUCCAAGUUGUGUUGUUGUGUUGGUAUGCCGAGUGCUGUAACACUCCCUCUCUGAUGCGCUGUCUGCCGGAGCUACAUCAAAUAAUUGAAUCAUGACUGAUAAAUUAUCUGAAGCCUAAUUUUUAAACACGUAAUAUUCACAUUGGUUUAGAUAAACAGUGCGACUGUAUUUCCCAUCUUUGCUGAGCAACAGUUUUGUGUGAAAGAAAUGAAAGGCCUGUCUCAAGUAUAGACCCAAAGUAAAUAGUAGCCCAGGCUAUUAAUUGUUUUACGAUAUAUGAGACACAAAAUCCGUAAAAGCAUAAUAAGUCCCCUUUAAAUGUCUCCUGGUGUGUUUUUAUACCACUUGUAGCACUAUGGAGUCAUGUUUUGAUGAGCGGGUCCAUGGUAAACAUGGAUGUAAACAGUGCAGGAUUUAAACCAGCUUUGUAAAUGUUUUACAUGGAUGGAAAUGCACUCAGCGUGUUUGUUAAAGCUCAGUGAUACACACAGUGCAUUAUGAUGAGAAACACUUCAUGUAAACAACUCUUGCUUGUUUACAAGAAAACUCCACAGUGCACCUUUUAAAGGAACUGAGCAGCCCUGAUAUAAGGGCUGGACCCGCCUGAAGGAAUCAGCUGAAGAAGGUGUAUCCAAUGCAACCUGCUGCUCCACCCCUGAUCAAAUGGUCUAACCCCCACUGAGACCAAAACUGAUGAUGCGUUCAGGCGCUUCCAUGUCAAGUUAUUAGAGAUAAUGACCAUGGUGUGGCAUUAAAAGGCUGAUGAAGCGUAGAGCCACGUGAGAAAAAAACAGGCUCCAUGGUACCGAGGAUUACAGUACAAGUUUCAGUCCACCAUAUGAUGGCUGUGGGUCAGGAAGUACGUACUGGUUGAAGAAAUAUGGAAAUGCAUUAUCUAGCCCCUGUGUUGGUACACAGCAUAACUGUCAUUGUUGAAGUGUGUGAGGACAGGUCACACUUGGAAACUGGAAUUCAGCAGCUGAGGGAUCACUGCACCGGCCACCUUAUGUCCAUGAGACCUGUUCAGCAGUGCCUCCUGGGGCUGAACCCAUCACCUUUAGGUGAUCUGCAGCCUCUCUACCUCUGAGCCAACCUGAGAGCAAUUGCCUCCAGUGCCAAACACUGCCCCUCUCUACCAGGACAAUCACAGUGCACACUUAAUAUUUUCAAACACUUCAAAAACUUUUUCUUUGUCAGUACAGACUGUCUUUGUGUCUUCAGUUCACAUCAGUGUUGGACAUUUCAAAUGUGCCAGUUGUUUUCAUUUCAGUUUGAUGUUUUAUUUUUUUGAUGUAAGUGAAUGAAUGUUGAGCAGCCUGGAUGUUUAUCCUGAACUUGUUGUCGCUCCAGGUGAGGUGGAGCUGACUCUCUUUGUGCAGUCUUUAUGCAAAGACAAUUCAGGACUGUUGAAACGGGAAAGAGGCUCAGUAGGUUAAAAAGUGUUUAUACAGUGCAUUGAAGUCUGUGGCUGUGAGUGAGUUGCUGGGCAGGACCCAGAGUUUUACAGACACGAGGACAGCUGGUCCUUCAGAUGAAACUCUAUCUGUGUCCCUGGAGGGCACGGCAACGGGACGUGGGAUGUUUAUUUAAAAUAGUGAAUACUGAACAUUCAGUAUGUAGAACAACUUCUGUCUGUUGUUUAAAAUAAGUCAACAAUGUGCCUUUGUAUUGUUAUGUAAAUGUCUAGAAAUAAGCCAGUCGUCGAUUGUUCAGCUCUGUGCUCAUUUUAAGUUCUCCAACAAUGCAACUGUUUUUAUGAACAUGGCCACAUUAGAACACUUCAUACAUUUUUUUCAAUGGUUGCACACUACAAGAUAAAUGGCCUUCUUACAUCAUACCAAAGAGUGCCUUCUUUUGAGUUUUUUUUUCUUUUGUUAUAUGGUUACACUUUUGUAGGUUUUGUGUAACUGUUUAGUCGCAGUUUUGUUAAAGGGAGUCUGAAGCUGUAAGAAUCUCAACAGUACCUGGUUAACGGAUGCUCCAGCAUGCAUGUUCAAAUCUGCUUUUGAAAGUAUUUGUGUGCACAUUUUUUACAUUACUUUUUGUGUUUAAAUACUUGUUUUACCUGAACUUCAAGGGACAAACAUGUUUGAGUAAUAAAAUAUUUUCAGAUUCUGUCUUUCA